AUGUCUGAAUUAUAGUAAGGGGAAAUAAUUGCAAAUUUGUAUAAAGUACUAAAACUACUGUCUUAAGGUUCUUUUGGGAAGGUAUAUUUAGGAAAGAAUUUGAAAUCAGGAGAAAAUGUGGCAAUAAAAGUUGAAAAAUAGUAAAUGUAGAGAUUUUACAGUUUAAAUAGAGAGGUUUUAUAUUGGAAAUAAUUUAGAUAGAUAUAUUAACUAAACUAUAAGGAAUUUAAGGUGUGCCUAAAUUAAUUUGGUUUGGGGAAAGGAAAGGAUUAUAAAUAAUGAUCACUAAUAUGUUGGGAUUUGAUUUAAAGUACUUUUAAAAAAAACAUAAAAAAUUUUCAAUUGAUUGUGUUUUCAAUUUAGCAUAAUAAAUGAUAGAAAUUUUAGAAAGAAUACAUAAAUAGUAAAGUUUGUAUUUUUAAAAUAUUAGGAAUAUAAUUCAUAGAGAUUUAAAGCCCGAAAAUAUUUUAGGAAAAGUCAAUAGUCGAAGAAUACAUUUAAUUGAUUUUGGGAUAGCCAAAGAUUUAACAAAAAAAUAAAAACAAACUAAUUAAUAAUAAAUUCCAUUUAUUGGAACAAGUAGAUAUGCAAGCAUAGCUGCUCAUUUAGGAGAAGAAUAAGAUAGAAAAGAUGAUUUGGAAGCUUUAGGAUAUGUGCUUAUUUAUUUGAUUAAAUAAUAAUUGCCAUGGAUGAGAUGUGAAACCUUUUAAGAUGAACGCUUAAUAAAAAUAGGAUAAAUGAAAAAAAACACUCCUUUAGAUAAAAUUUGUGAAGGAUGUCCAUGUUAAAUUUUAAAGUAAAAAAAUAAUUUAAUGAAAGUUAUAUGAAACAAAUUCGAAAUCUGAAUUCACAAUAAAUUCCAAAUUAUAGAAAUCUAAAAGUUCUUUUUGAAAAGAGUCCUUUACACAUUUAAUGGAUAAUAUUUGAUUGGUAUAAAUGCAGAAUGAAAAAUUAUAAUACUAAAUAAGAAUUGAAAGUAGAUCAGUAAAAAAGAAAUAAGUAUAAUAGUGCUAAAUAAAUAUAAUUGUAUUUUUUAAAUAAGAUUUUAGAUCUUUAGAAAAAACUCCAUUCUAAGCAUCACGAAUUAAUAGAUCAACAACAAUGAAUGGUAAUUCUAAUCUAUCAUCAUUUUAAAAUAGUAUGGAAUCUGAUAGUAAAAAUCAAACAAUAAAAAGAGAUGAAAGUAUUUAUGUAGAUUUUGUGAAUUCUGACUCUUGCUUUUUUACAAGAAAAAAAGAAAACUCUGCUUAAAGUCUUAAUUUAAUUUUUGAAGCUGAUGAAUUUAUGCCAUUACGGGAUUAACUUUAACUUAUGCAAUUAGAGAAUUAAGAUCUUGAAAUUAAACAUCAUUUAUUACAUUAUCAAUCUGUCAACUUCAAUUUCAAAAAUCCAAUAUAAAGAUAUCUAUAAUUGUAAAUCAAUUGA